CGUCAAGAUGGGAAGUGUCUUGGUCAUGCCACAGUCUCAGGAGGAAACUGAGUUCCUCCUGAACUUGAUCUACUACUUCUGGAUCAACUGUAAUGACAUUGAAGUCGAAGGUUCAUGGGAGUGUAAGGAUGGUACCACUGAUGUGAAAUACCGAAACUGGAGGGCUGGGGAACCUGGUUUUUCAGGAAUCUGGGAAGACUGUGCUGCGACAGACAAGAAGGGUUGGAAUGAUGUACCAUGUAGUGAUCUCUCUCCAGUCAUCUGCGAACGACCCACACCAAGGCUGCACACUUGAGUAACAGUACGAAUGAGAUGUUCCCAGAUACGAAUUCUUAAAACUUCCCUAAACGAUCUCCUAACCAACCCCUAAAGGGCGACUGCCUAAUACCAACUUGUAAUAGAUUGGUUGUAGUGGAAGUAAAGUGCGUUUAUUUCUCUUCGCAGUCUGGAAAGUUAUCAAGUUGUAACCGGUCAAUAAAUUUGCUUUCUUCGAAACUGCCGUGUUUUAUAUGUACACGCUGGUGGAAUUUCAUAGACGACGGACUUACAAUUUUCAAUAAACGAACUGCAAUGUGCAUGCUUUAUGGGGACAAAACAGCGUUACAAAAUCAAACACAUAAAGGGUUAAUUUUUAAAAAUUAAAAUCCUGUUGAAGGACCCACGCA